GUGUUCUUCGGGGUUUCUCUAGUCGCCUCAUCCACUCCACCAGCAGGUUACUACUACGUAGGUGCCGUACAUGCUCCGUAGCCGCAGCCCGUGGCACCUGUUUCCAGCGACUUUAUUACUUUCCCACUUGGCCCAUCUCGUCCUUGUCGUUUGCCAGCCCGUCCAGAGUCUCUCGCCCCUUGACUCCUUAUCUAACUGGAUCUCGCGCGUUUCCCCCCACGGCAUUUCCCCUCUCCGCCUUGCCCUCGUCUCACUCUCGCUCUCGCUCACAUCGCCCUAUUCUCUUGGCCCUAUUCUCUUGGCCCUGUCUCUUGGCCCUGCCUUCAAGGCCUUGGCUGCUUGGUCUCGCUCUUGGCACUCGCUCUGUCGCCCAUUUUUUUUUUCUUGGACCAGCGCCUUGACCCAUUUACCGCCGCUGCCACUGUCCCUGGCACUGUGCGCCCGCCGCCGAACCCGCGUAUCGCCGUACCGUGCUGCCCGUACCGUGCUCGCCGGCACACUGUCCUACGCCCCCGAAGGACGCCAGCGAACGCCAGCGCCAAAACGCCGCCCCGAGCCUGACAGCGCUCUCCACUCGCUGCGCUGCACUCUGCACAGCGCUGACUGACCAGACGGCCCACCGAUUCCCUCAUACCUCGCGCGUUCCGCUCUGUUCUGGGCUCUCUCGCUCGCUGUCGCCCUCCCGCCCCGGUCGCGAAAUCCGCUUGAGGUUCCCUCGCCAUCCCGCUCCUCAGGCUCCUCAGUCAUCUACAACCUCUCCCUCACCACCAACACCACAACCUCGCCGCCAUCCCGCCCUAUCGUUCGUCUCUGCGGGAGCUGCGUUGACGUCCCGCCCGCUGAUGG